AUGGCAUCAGAAGCAAUCAUUGAUUUGACACCCGAAAAUUUCAUUCAAGCUGUACAAAUGCUUUAUCACGAUAAUGAUUCAACGAGAAAAAAAUUUGCCUCCGAAUGGUUAUUAAAUGUUCAAUCAUCGUUGUACGCAUGGACGUUGACUGAUCAAUUAAUUAGAAUGAAUGGAAAUCCAGAAGUAACAUGUUUAUCAGCACAAAUUCUAAGACAUAAAAUCCAGCAUAAUUUUGAUGAAUUACCAUUUGAACAUUGUAAAGCAUUAUGUGAUUCAAUGUUAGAUCAUUUAUCUCGACCGGAUGUAACAAAAAAUCAACUUGUUAGAGUUCAAUUAGCUGUCGCAACAGCUGAUUUAGCAUUGCAAUACGUUGGGUGGGAAAAACCAGUCGACGAUGUUGUAGACAAAUUGAAAACAUCCAGUGAACAUAUGUUAACAUUAUUAGAGUUUCUCAGUGCUUUACCAGAAGAGCUCAACACGUCAACAAUUCAUAUCGGUGAAAAUCGGCGCCGUCAAUGUACAGAAAAAUAUAGUACCAGUGGACCACAAAUACAUGAAAUUCUGUUAUAUCUUCUUCAAUUAAAUCAUAUGCACGAGCCAAUAUUGAUUGCUAUUUUAAAAUGUUUUUCAUCUUGGAUUAUGAUUCGAUCAUUUGAUGAAACAUUACUGUUGCAAUCAGCAUUAGUUGCAAUGAUACUAGAAAUAUUGAAAUCGAAUCAAUGUUCAAAUGAUCUCAAUAAAGUAGCAUGUAAUUGUUUAUGCAAUAUGUUGGAACUGUGUGAAGAUUAUCAGGCUUAUUAUACACUCACAGUGACGUUAAAAAAUCAAAUAAAUGGAUGUUUCAGAGACCCGUAUUUUCAAGCUGUUAAAGAAGAAAAUUUAGACAAAGCACAGAAUUAUUCACGCAUUUACAGUUGUUUAGUUGAAACUUUACUCGAUUGUAUUGUAGAUGGUCGAUAUAGCGAUUUAAGUGAUCUAUCCUGUAUCGAAUUAUUAUUACUUCCUGUUGAACACACUGAUUAUGAAGUUGUCCAAUGUACAUUUUGUACAUGGUAUAAAUUAAGUGAAUUAUUGCAGUCUCGUAGUGAAGAAAUGUCCGAUAAAAUAAAACCAUAUAUUGAACGAUUAAUCGAUAUUCUAUGCAUUCAAUCUAAACUAGACUCGGAUCAUCUUGGUAUUCCACCUGAAGCAAAACCAUCAUCAAAAAAUAGUGAUUUUGGAGAAUUUCGAUAUCGUGUAGCAUGUUUAAUUAAAGAUGUUAUUUAUAUAACUGGAGCGUUAAAUUGUUUCAGAAGAAUGUUUGAUAAAUUACAAACAAUUCAAAUUAAUUCAGCAUCAUGGGAAGAAAGUGAAGCACCACUAUAUAUCAUGAGUGCUGUAGCAUCUUAUAUUCUACCUGAAGAAGAUGAAGUAAUACCAAAAGUUGUUCAGGCGAUAGUAACAAUGUCAUCUCAUGUUCAUACAUCUGUUAAAUAUACCGGUAUAAAAUUAUUAGGACAAUUAGAUGAAUGGUUAGCAAAACAUCAACAAUAUAUUAAAUCUGUAAUCGAUUAUUUAUUAUCAAUAUUAGUGGAUCAAGACCUACGUUCUGUUUCAGCAGAAGCUAUUUUAACAAUUUGUUCUCAAUGUCGAAAACAAGUUCUAGAUCAAAUUGAAAAAUUGAUGCAGGCAACUCUAUGGUUAGAUCAAACUGCGCCAGGCAGCGAAGCAACUUUAUCUCUGUUGAAAGCCUCAUCUAAACUGAUAUCUCGUUUAUCGUCUACGGAUGAAAUUAGUCAUUAUCUUAAUUUAUUAUUUGACAGACAGCGAGAAGUGCUUUCACAGUUGAUAUCUGUGCAAUCUGAUGGAAAUUACGGUGCAAUAAUUAAACGUUUAGAUAGUCUCACAGCCAUAUUCAGAUAUUUAGAUUUCAAAAUAUCCAGUAGUGAUCCGAAGCCUCAUCCGUGUAUUCACAUUGUACAACAGUUAUGGCCAUUAUUAGAGACAAUAAUUUUACGCUAUCGUUCAAGUGGAAAAGUAUCUGAGUUCUGGUCUCGUACGAUCCGUUUUAUAUUACGAUCAAUGGGAUUCAAAGCUAAAGUAUUCUUUGAACCGAUUGUUAAACUAGUGUUGACAAGUUAUGAUGAGAAUCCUCAUUCAUGUUUUCUUUAUUUAACAAGUGUAAUUGUUGAUGAGUAUGGAGAUGAGAAAGAUUUGCGAUCGAAUAUUAUAGCAAUGAGUGAGCAUUUAGCGACGAAAACUUUUGCGUUAUUAGCCGGUUCAAAUGGUUUCAAAGAGAAUCCAGAUGUUGUAGAUGAUUUUUAUCGAUUAGCUGCACGUCUAUUGCAGCGAUGUCCAUUGGAUUUUUUAAAAUCUAAUUUGAGUCGUCCAAUACUAGCUCAUGUCGUGAAUAAUUGUCAUUUGGAACAUCGUGAAGCUAGUGCAUCAAUGAUGGCAUUUUUACAAAGUUUAGUGAAAUUAACAUCCACACCGUCUACUACCACAAAUAAUAAUAAUAAUCAUGGUCACAACAGCACAUCACAUAAAAGUCAUCAUCAUGAUAAAUCUUAUUCAGUCGAACAGACACAAUUGUCUAUCAAAUUAUGUGAUGAAUAUUUUCCAGAUGUUAUAUUAUCAAUUAUCAAAGCCGUUUCUCAAGGCCUACCAUAUCAAGCUCGUAUAUGUAUGGCUGAAUUUAUUUGUGAUCUUAAAAUCUAUAUUCCAGAAAAAUUUUGUUUAUGGUUAAAAAAUGCUUUGUUACAUCUGCCACGAGAACAUAAACAAAUUGAAAUAGUGACGAUUAAACAACAAGAAGCAUUUUAUUCAUCAUUAUGCGAAGCCGAUGCUCAACCAGUUGAUAUUGAUUAUGCAUUCGCAAAAUUUGCAAAUCUCUAUCGAUAA